GAUCGCCAAAGCUUACAGCUUGGAACGAAUCAGUUCUAUCAAUUCCUAUCAAUUCCUAUCAUUUCAUCAUUUCAUCAUUUCAUCAGACUUCUCUACAUUCCAAUAUAGACUUCAAAUUACAACCUAUAAUCCAACCUCUCAAUUGCGAUACCCUAAGAUGGCUUUUUGACUGCUUCUAAUUAAUCCUCAACACCAACGAAAGCAAUACUUGGAAACCUACCGUUCUUCUCCGUACGGCUCACCAUGAAAUGCUACAAUCCUUCUGCGUUUGUUCCUAUGGCGGUUACAUUGGUGACCGUCAUAAUUUAUCUCGGCGUCUUCAUACCUCUCCUCAUCAUUCAAGAGACUGUACCUUCAGCUCCUGACGAUCCUACUCUUUACAAUGGCUUAAAUCUUACCGAAGCAUGGCUCGAUCUUCAAAGCUUGAGCGAUGGCUACCAUCCUUUCAAUAGUCGCAAGAAUGACGAUGUGCGAAAUUGGUUGUUGAAGAGGAUUGGUGAGAUACUUGAUCAUAAUCAGAUUCAGUAUUCUACAGAAACCGAGAGCGCCACUAUCUCUGAGACUCAAAUCAAGUCGGACUUCGACGCAGAAGCUCCCGAGUCGGUUCCUAGUCCUAGUAACUCCAAUGACGGUUCUGCAGAACGCUACCAUGAGGAUCUACGAGCACGUAAAGAAUCGCCUGCCGUUACAGUAUUCAAUGAUUUACGAUCAAAUUACUCUAGCAAUGCUCUCACCAGUAUUGGAGUCAAAGGACGAAAGCUCGGGAUAAGCACAUACUUUGAAGGAAAUAAUAUCAUCUGUUAUGUCCGCGGCAGUGAUGAUGAAGAGGGAGAGUGGUGGAAGACUGGAUCCGUUAAUUCUAAAGGAAAAGUUCAUGGCAAAGGCGGUGUUAUGGUCAAUGCCCAUUUCGAUAGUGUCUCGACCGGCUUUGGAGCUACAGACGAUGGAGUUGGAGUUGUUACAGCACUUCAAUUGAUCCGCUAUUUCACGACACCGCAAAAUGUACCACAGAAAGGCUUCGUUGCCCUGUUCAAUAACGGUGAAGAGGACGGUUUAUAUGGUGCGAAAGCAUUUUUGUCACAUCCAAUGGCAAGAUUUGUUCAUACUUUCUUAAAUCUGGAAGGUGCUGGUGCUGGUGGUAGAGCUACCUUGUUCCGGAGUACAGAUUCCGAGGUCACUCGAGCUUAUGCGCACGCCAAACAUCCUUUUGGAACCGUUGUUAGUUCGGACGGAUUUUCAUUAGGAUAUGUGAGAAGUGAAACCGAUUAUGUUGUUUUCCGAGCAGAAGGUUACCGUGGAUUGGACGUUGCUUUUUGGCAACCAAGAUCUCAAUACCAUACCGAUCAAGAUGAUGCUAAGCACACCUCGAUAGACUCAUUAUGGCACAUGUUAUCGGCAUCUGUUGCCACUACUCGAUCUCUUACCAAGGAUACUGGCAAUACAUUUUUGGGACCACGUGGUGACGACAAAGUCGGAAAAGUCAGCAACGGAAAAGGUUCUGAUGGUGUUUGGUUCGACAUAUUUGGCACUGUUUUUGCAGUAUUCAAGUUGAGAACUCUCUUUGCUUGGUCACUAACUUUACUCAUUGCCGCUCCAUUGAUGCUCUUCGCCGUUUCAUAUCUUCUUAAUCGACAAGACAAAUUUUACUUCUUUGCUGGAUCUAUUAAGGCUAAAGGUCCUGAAGACGAACCCAUUUCUCUCGGCGGAUGGCGUGGUGCCUUUCGCUAUCCUAUCACUCUAAUCAUUACCUGUGCCAUUACCUUUGGUUGCGCAUCGCUGAUUAACAAAAUCAAUCCUAUGAUUGUCUACUCUUCUCCGUACUCUGUAUGGAGUAUGUCUGCGAGUUUAUUCUUCUCGAUAUUCUGGUUCAUCAUGGCUGGUUGCAAUUUUGUUAGACCAUCUGCGCUUCAAAGAGGCUAUGCCUUUAUGUGGUUGUUCGUGUUCGGUUGGAUUAUUCUUGUGGCUGCUACAGUAUAUGAAGAUCGCUUCAAAAUAAGCGGUGGUUAUUUGUUUGUGUUUUACGAAGCUGCAAUUUUCCUUGCUACCUUGAUCGCCAUUGGUGAACAAUUUGCAUUGCCUAAAAAAUCUACAUACGUUGAGAAUUCUCAACUUGACCAUGACGGCAAUCAAGAUUCUCACCAUCAAGCCGUGAUGGGUACUGAUGGAGCUAAUGGGGCUGAUGAAGCUAAUGCUAGCAAUGAAGCGGGACAAGAAGAAGACCCAGAAGAUAAUGUGAACGAUCUAGCAGUUCCUCACGAGACAACUCCACUUAUUGGAGGUGGAGCACCUACUCAGCGCUCUUCAAUCAGCACCACUUUCGCUAAUCGAUAUCGACAAGUUGUUCCAGAAUCAUAUGAUGGGCCAGCUGAUCAUCAUGAUAAAAAAGGUCAUAAGAAACAUCCUUAUGGAGGCGAACAGGACUGGUCUGCUAAAUUACCUAUCUGGACUUGGCUGGUUCAAUAUCUCCUUGUUGGACCAUUUAUACUGAUUGUUGUUGGACAAGUUGGUCUAUUCUUAGUAGCUGCUCUACAUCAAACGGGAACUGAUGGUAGUCCACUUCUUCUACCAUACCUGGUUGUUGCUGUAUUUUCCAUUCUAUUAUUACUUCCAGUAACACCCUUCAUUCAUCGACUGACACAUCAUAUGCCAACAUUCUUCUUCCUGGUAUUCAUUGGAACUCUCAUCUACAAUCUUGUCGCCUUCCCUUUCUCGCCUAAUAAUCGAUACAAAGCAUAUUUCCAACAAACUGUUGACCUUGAUACUGGCCUUAAUAAAGUUACGAUUGUAGGAAUCGAACAAUAUAUUCGCGAAAUCAUUGCCUAUAUCCCAAGCGCAGCAGGUCAAACCAUCAAUUGUGAAGAAAAUCCUCGAAUUCGUUCUGGACUCUCGUUUUGCUCUUACGAAGGCAUUGCUCCUCGAGUGGUUGAUAAUGUUGUGGAUGGCAUUCCACCUGAGAAGGGAUAUACAGAUUGGCUCACGUAUAAUGUUACCAGAGUUCCAAACGAAAACAAGGCUACAUUCCAUAUCUCGGGUCUUGAAACUCGGGCUUGUAUUCUAAGAUUUGAUGAUCCAUUUUCAGAAUUCAAAGUUCAUGGUGGAGCGAAAACGGAAGAGAGAUGGGAUGAUGUACCGGAUAGUGGAAGUGAUCAAAUUAAAUUGUGGAGUCGAGAUUGGAAUAAGGAAUGGAAGGUAGAUGUGGAAUGGGCAGUAGGAGAAGAUAUGAAACCGGGUGAGGAGGGUAGAACAGGAAGAGUAGUUUGUUUGUGGAGUGAUGCUAACGAGAGAGGAGUUAUUCCUGCGUUGGAUGAAGCGAGGAGAUUUAGUCCUGAUUGGACAAGUGUUGUUAAAUUGAUGGAUGGGCUGGUGGAGGGUAGUAAGAGGUUUGUUGUUUAGGGCUUGGGGUGGAGGGGGAUGAGAGAAUUUGACAAUUCUUAUGGAAUGAGGAAGGAGAGGAAGAGGGGAAAUUAACAGGCAGGCGUUAUUUGGACGAGAGAGAAGUACUAGAGUUUUUGAAGGGUAAGAUAAGAUGAUACGAUGAGUAUUUUUAACUGAAUGAGUGUACGUUAAUGAGAAUGAGAAUGAAAUAAUUGGACUUGAUGAACUAUGCGAUUAGUGAUUUGAGAGAGAAGUUCAAAGGGGUAGGAAUGAGUUGAAGUAUAGGAGAAGGUAGAGAAGAAUUUGAUACUGUUUGUUGGUUUGGUUGUUGA